CUCCCUAGCUAAUAUUUUUCCUUUUUUUUUCUUGUUUCCACUGCUCUUCACCCAGACACUUCUAAAAGUGGGUUCACUUGGUAACCUAGAGUGGGAUAAAUAGCAGGAGGGAAAUAAAGAAACGAAGGACUAGCUUUUACUAUUUUCUUGUGUGUGUGUGAGAGAGAGAGAGAGAGAGAGGAGAGAGAGAGAACAUGGGAAGAGGGAAAGUAGAGCUGAAGAGGAUAGAGAACAAGAUUAACAGGCAAGUCACAUUUGCCAAGAGGAGGAAUGGGCUUCUCAAGAAGGCCUAUGAACUCUCGGUUCUCUGUGAUGCUGAGGUUGCCCUCAUCAUCUUCUCCAAUCGUGGCAAGCUCUUUGAGUUCUGUAGCAGCUCUAGCAUGCCGAAAACUCUUGAAAGGUACCGAAAGUGCAGCUAUGGUUCACUGGAUCCCAGCCAACCUCUCAAUGAGAACCAGCAAAAUAGCUAUCAUGAAUACCUGCGGCUUAAGACAAGAGUUGAGAUCCUUCAGCGAUCUCAGAGAAACCUUCUUGGGGAUGAUUUGGCUCCAUUGAGCACAAAGGAGCUUGAGCAGCUUGAGCACCAGCUGGAGACCUCCUUGAAGCAGAUCAGAUCAAAAAAGACUCAGUUUAUGCUUGAUCAACUUGCUGAACUCCAGAGGAGGGAACAGAUGCUUGCUGAGGCUAACAAAGCUUUGAGAAGGAAGUUGGAGGAAAGUGCCGUGGCAAUGCCUCAUCAACCACCAUGGGAGGCUGCCGGCGGGCAACACAUUACUUACAGCCACCACCUUCCUCCCCAGUCCGAGGGUUUCUUCCAUCAUCUCCCUUUGGGGCUCAACUCCACGCUGCAAAUCGGAUACAAUCCAGCUGUGGGAGCCGAUGAGAUGAAUGCGAUGGCGCCUCCACAAAAUGCCGGCGCAUUCAUCCCCGAGUGGAUGCUUUAAUGGAAAUUAAGAUUCACAUUUCCUUUCGGAAUCUUCAUCUACCAUACAUAAAUAGCCUUCUUCUUCUUCUUCUUCUUCUUCUUCUUCUUCUUUUGUUGUUUUGGAUGGCUGUAAUGUAUGUAUUAAGCUACCUGCUGUAUAAGACAAUAAGAACUAGAUUUGUACAAGUCCUUUUGGAGGAGGGCAUCAACUCUUUUAACAUAUAUGUAAUGUGGGAAAUUAAGCCCUA